AUGGCACCUUUUGAGAAGAUAGCUGCCAAGUGUGGGAAUGGACUGAUUGAUGAGGGAGAAGAUUGUGAUUGCAGUGAUUUUCAGGAUCGCUAUUGCUCGACGAAUUGCUGUGACCAGAAAACCUGCAAGUUCAAGCCCGGAUCCGAAUGUGCUACUGGAUUAUGUUGUAAUUUCAGCACUUGCAAGGUCAUAUCAGCUGGAGAUGUCUGUAGAGCGCAGAAAGACGUGUGCGAUAUUGAAGAUAAAUGUGAUGGGCAAUCAAAUCUCUGCCCGGAUAUUAAUAGACAGGAUGGAUCCAUGUGCUCGGUGAAUAUUUCGUUGAAACUAAUGCAACCUCGAAAUUUGCAAUAA